AUGCAUGGCACUACUACUUCUAUUACUAACGACACCACUACCACCACCACCAUUGGCAGAACUGAUACACUAAAAGGAGUCAGUUCAAGUAACAAUGACAACAACAACAAUAAUAAUAAUAAUAAUAACAACAACAGCACCAGUGCUAAUAAUAACAAUAGUAGCAUUAGUGAAGUGGGUGAUAGACGCUCACGCGAUCAAGAGUACCGCCAUCCUUUCUGGUUCGUUAACAACAAUAUGCCUUCCUCCUAUUGGGACUAUGAAAAUGCUAAAAUAGAGUUUAGUAGUUGUGAUCCAUAUGAGUUAAUACAAAAAAUUGGUCGUGGGAAGUAUUCCGAGGUAUUUCGUUCCCGUAAUCGCUACAAUCGUGAAAUGUGUGUAUUGAAGAUUCUUAAACCUGUUCGUCUGAAGAAAAUCCGUCGUGAAAUUACAGUUUUACAAAAUCUCUGUGGUGGUCCUAAUGUGGUACGUUUAUUGGAUGUGGUGAUGGUGCCCUCUGAUAGUACCCCAGUGUUGGUGACGGAGAAUAUUGAACCUGCAGAUACUUUUCGUACUUUAUUAAAAGGAGGUCAAUUAAGUAAUUUUGAUAUGCGAUAUUAUCUUUAUGAAGUCUUACGUUGUCUUCACUUUGCCCACAGUCGUGGUAUCUUUCAUCGUGAUAUUAAACCACAAAAUAUUAUUAUUGAUCAUCGUCGUCGUAAACUUCGUAUUGUAGAUUGGGGAUUGGCGGAGUAUUAUAUUCAUGGUCAGGCUUAUAAUGUUUGUGUUGGGACCCGUCACUUUAAAGGACCUGAACUUCUUGUUGGUCUUCGCCUGUAUGAUUACUCUCUCGAUAUGUGGAGUGUUGGCUGUAUUCUGGCAGAGAUGCUUUUUCAUGUUCUUCCCUUUUUCCGCGGUGAUGAUAAUGAGGAUCAACUUCGACAAAUUGUGGAGGUUCUUGGCACAGAUGCCCUCUCACGAUAUAUCGCGAAAUAUAAUAUUCAUCUCCCACGAUCUCUGUUAGAACGUGGCGUUUUAUCUCGUCGGCCGCGGCAGCCGUGGGCCGCGUUUGUAACGGCCGCGACUGCCCCGUGGUGUGAUGCGACGGCGUUGGAUUUGUUGGAUCGACUGCUGCGCGUGGACCAUCAGGAGCGGAUCAUGGCAGCAGAGGCGAUGGCACAUCCCUUCUUUGCGCCCGUGCGGCAGGCAUUAGGAGAGGAUCCACAACUGCAGUACCCACGUGCAUAG